AUGGCCGAGCGUAGGUGGCAAGCAGUUAUAUGGAUACGGUGCUUUACCCGUAGACGCUUCUCCAGCUCUCGCAAGAAUUGUAUGGGAGUCAUCCUCGGAGGGACUUCCCGAAUGACCGUACCGAGGAAUUCUACCGUACUCCGUGCAGCUAUUGUUGUUGAUCCUGCAGAGUCUACCCAAAGGUUCAGGCCGGAUUGUAGGAAGUGGUUGAUACCUCUACGGCACCCACGAUUCCCAGUAAAUUCGGCCUUCGGGGUCAACCCUAAGGCUUCCAUGAGGAAGGCUAAGCAAAGGAGGCUCGAGGGUUUGUUAAGGAAGGCGGCAAGGGCCGACGAAGGGGGGAAAACGAAAGGCCUUUUCUGGUCCCCCCUGAGCCGGGGGGUGCUUGUGGGGGGGGUGUGCCACGACGAAAGAAGGGAAUGA